GCUUAACCUUCGAAGGAACCGUGUUUCGCCUAAGUGCGCUCGUUUAAUGUGUGUGUGGCCUGCUUACUGGGGUGGAGAACCGGUGCUGGUGCCGUACUCGUACGAAGUAGGCGGCCAGGCCGCGAAUGACCAACAAAAGACCAACAAAUAAUAAACAACAGCCAUUCUGCCAUGGGUGUAAUAUGCAGUGAAUACCUUUCGUCACAAACAGCUUCCUUGCGUCUCAUUAUGACAAAUUUCACUGACCUUUGUUGCUUCAUCAAAAUACAUUAAGGCAUUCACAACUUGUGCUAUCUCCAGUGGGAGUCAUAGUUGUGGGCUCAUGGACAGCAGGCAUCCCAAAGUUUGCAAGAAGUCUUGUUGGUGUGGAAAGAGAAUCUCACAAUUGGUCUCAUUGCUAUUAUGAGUUCAAAGUUUGUAUGCCAAGUAAAUAACUCAAUAUACCAGGGAGGUAUAUUUGUGAGAGAGCAUAUUAAAGGAGAGGUAUAUGCAGUAUCAGGGAAGUCCUCAAGAGUCACUCAUGAGGAUGAGCAGUAUCACAGCUGAUGUUGAUUAUUUUCAAUGUAAUUGCUAUUUAGCACUACAUUGCCAUUCAUUUUGUAUCUCCUGGUAUGUUUAAGGUUUUUAGCCCAGCAUAACUUUGAACUCAUAAUGCUGAAAACUCAGGAGCUGCAGGCUAUUCAUUCUUAUAUCAAGAUCUAGCUAUCAUUAGGACUUUGGGUCAGGCAAGAGGGCAUGGAAAUAGAACAUGAGCAAAGCUCUGAUAGGCUGUGGUCAAUGUUUGUCCCUCCCAUAUGGAACCCCAUCACAGAAUGUGUCUUCUAUCAUUACUGUGGACUAGGCUCAAGACUGUUCCUCUGAGUAGCUGUUGUGCUGCUUGUCUGGCUGAUUGUUGACUGUUUUAAACCAAGGAAAGUGACCACUCCAGCAGGAAGUCUAUUUGACCUGUUCAUGACAUUCAGUAUUGACUGUGGGUUUGGUCUGACUAGCCCCAUUCUAAUAUUGCUGUUCUGGCCCUCAAGAUGUUCCAACAGGACCUGAUAUAUCAUGGCCAAGUCCUCUUUCAGUUUUGUGUAGUGCAGGCAUCACAUUUUCAAAGCAAGAAUUCUGUCUUCGUAGCUGGGUUCAUACAGGAAUGGAUCAGCUUUGUGAUUCACAUUUUGAAGUUCAGAGAAUCUAAGGAUGCUGUCUGUGACAUGCAUCUGGGAUACCUGAUGUAUGGGUUUUGAUCCCAUGGUACCUACUCUUCCUGCCAUAACCUUCCAUUCCAUUGUAAUGGCAACAUUGCUAUAUUUUAUUAUCUUUUAAACUUAAGUCCAAACAUUUUGAUUGAAUGGAUUUCUGGGAUCAGAGUUGACACUAAGUAGAACCUUUUAUGUGAAUCCUGAUCUGGGCAUUCAAUCUGAUCUGGCCAUAAAAUUCCCAUUUCAACUUCAUAACUUUUAUGGUGGAAGCUAAAUGUGCUGUAAUGCUCAGCACUGGCUGUCCUUUUUUACCUCAUUGCCAUAGUGGUGUUGUAAAUGUGUUAUGCUAUGCUGGAUUUUAAUCUUUGCAGUUUAUCAAGGGCCCAUCUUGUAGACAUAGCUGUGAAGCAAGCCAUGCACUCACCUCAGCAUGCAUGCACUCCCAGCCAAUAAUAUUUACCUGGUUAUUAGGUGCAAGGUAAAAGCUAACCUUGUUACAAGCCUUAUUGUUAAGUCACUUAUGGGCAGGAAAUGGACCCAGCAGUGAGUGUGCCCUUUUUCCAAAUAAUCUUGGUUGUUUUUGUCAUGAAACCAGCUGACAACUGGAUGUUCACCCGAUGUUUUUGUCCUCAACCCUGUACACAUUGGUUCUGAAUUUGUAUAGGCAAGAUCAAUUCUCUUUACACACCAGUUACACAUUGGUUCUGAAUUUGUAGAGGCAAAAUCAGUUCUCCUUACACCUCAGUCCUGAAAUGGUAAGGGUAGGACUGAUUCUGUGGCCCUCACAUAUGAGAUGAUGCAUAUCAAGGGGCGCGGUGCCAGUGGAGCCGGGGUAGGGGCUGCAGUCUGCCUUUUGUCACUGCCUGCACCAACAGCAGUAUGAUUGUUUCAGUGGUUUUAGUUCACAUCCUUAAUGUGGCCUCCAUCCCAGUGCAUCAUUUUGGCCCUGCUAGGCAUCUGAUGGGCUUCUGAGUCUGAAAUACCAGUGAUGCAGCAAUCUCAAGUACCUGUUCAACCAUGUUGGCACACAAGGCACAGACAACUUAACAAUGCUAAUAAUUGGUGAUGUUCUUUCAUUGGAGUAUGACCUAAAGUUGGAAGGGGCCAUAGUCUGUGGCUUUAUCACAGCUGAUCUGUGAUUGGCAUCAGAUGUAGCUGGGCAAUAUCAUGGUGAAGGUUUAAAUGACAACUGGUUGCAUACCAUUUAAGACUUACAUGUGAUAGGUGGAUGGUGAGUGGUGUAAGUUUGGUUGAGUGUAAAUGACCUUUGUGGUGAUGAUGUAUACUGUGAUCUUGGUGUUAUGUGUUUUGUUCUCCCAGUGUCGCUUCUUCUGCACUCACAAUCAAGAUGUGCCCUUAGCACUGACAUGAAAUGAAUGCUGACCAGGAGUAUGGGCUUUAGGUUGACUCUGCUGUGGUGAGCUGACGGAAUGCUGUCACGAAUUCGGGACAAUGCACAACACGUUUUUGAUUGUUUCUGCGAGGUGGUCAUCCCAUCCAACGCUGAGGAGAAGCCGUGGAUCAUUCAGAAGUUUCCGGACUCGUACCAAAAUGAAGAAACCCUCAAGAUGGUGCCUCAGUUCACGUUUCCAUGCGAGUUUGAACGGAGCACGGUACAGCACUUCUCGUUCGUCCUGACUAAUGUGGACUCGAAGUGGACGUUCGGGUUUUGCCGGCACGCGCCUCAGAAGCAGACGGCCCUGGUUCUGCUCAGCGCGUUCCCGUGGCACGACGCGUUUUUCAAACUGCUGGACUGUUUGUCGGAGCUGACGUUGUCGGACGACCAGGGCCAGCUGUGGACGUGUCUGCAGGCGCUGCACGGCGGCGCCGUGCCGGACCGAGGCGGCCCGGUCACCGUGCCGCUGCCGACGGGCAAGGUCUUCUCAGCAACUUCCAACGAUCACUACAGUCUUCCAUGCAUACCGCAAGACCGCAACCUGACUGAGUACUUUAACGCGGUGGACUCCAACAACAUGAUGGUGAUGUUCGCCUCCAUGCUGUACGAGCGGCGCAUUGUGGUGACGUCGCGCAAACUUUCCCGACUCAGCGCCUGCGUACAGGCCGCGAACGCCAUCAUCUACCCGAUGUCGUGGCAGCACAUCUUCAUCCCGGUCCUGCCAGCCAGCCUGAUGGACUACCUGUCGGCGCCGAUGCCGUUCGUCAUCGGCGCCAGCUCGGCCAUCAUGCAGCGCACCAAGCUGGCCGACAUCGGCGACGCCGUCAUCCUGGACGCCGACAACAACCGCAUCGACACGCCCUUCAACGACCUGGAGACGCUGCCUGCGGAUGUGGUGUCCACCCUGAAGCGCCAGCUCAAGAACCCCGCCAACCUGCCUGGUGACGGCGUGGCGCGCUCCUUCCUGCGCGCGCUCGUCCAGCUGAUCGGCGGCUACCGGGACGCCCUGCGGUUUCCACAGAACUGUGCCAAAAUAACGUUCGACAAGGAAGCGUUCGUCAGGAGUCGGCCGUCUCAUAUACAGCCGUUCUUGGAGAAAAUGCUCCACCUGCAGAUCUUCCACCAGUUUAUCACGGAACGGCUCGAGAUGCUCAACUCGGGCCAGGGCUUCUCGGACGAGUUCGAGCUGGAGGCGUGCCUUUACAUGGACAAAUCGAGCUCACGGCUGGCGCAACAGUACAAGGAGUGGACCAGUAACGUGCGCAAGGAGGGCGGUGCGUUCUUCAAGACAGUGCGCAGCAAGACCAACCCGGCCAUCAAGACAGCCGUGAAGAACGUCAAGGAGACAGGCAAGACGGGCAAGCUGAAGGUUCGCUCGGCCUACAAGGACAUCAGGUCGCGGCUGAAGGACAUUCAGCCGGCGCCGGCGGGCGUGCGCCUGGCCGCCGCCGACGAGGACGGCGAGCCGCAGCCGCGCUCGGCGCCCAGCUCGCCCACCGCCUCUCGGCCUCGGCGCGGCAUCCAGGCCGCCGCCGCCACCGCCGCCGCCACACACACGGCACAACCGAUCAAAUACCGCGUGAUCGACCCGCCGGCGCCCGGCUCGUCCGACGGCGAGCUCUUCCAGCUGCGGCCGGCGUCCGACGGGCCCAGCCUGCUGGACGAGGUGGACGAGGUGCUGCUCGGCCGCGGCGACGAGCCGGUGUUUGAGACGCUGCCCGUUCUGGCCGCACUUCGGCCGUCCGCCUCCCCGCCGCCCGUCCCGCCCCCACGCCACCGGCGCCGCCCGGCCGAGACCAAAGAAGCGGACUUGAUACGGCUGGACUCCACGGAGGACGACCUGUUCGACCCGCUGAAGGGCGCGCGGCCGGCGCUGAACGGCGCCCCGGCGCCGGCGCCGGCCGCCGUCCACAACCCGGUGUACCCGUACUGCGAGCCGGGCCGACUGGCCGGCCGCGGCCGCCCCCUGAGCGACAGCCGGCAGCUCAUCGGAAUAAGUGGCCGGCGGGACGGCCCGUGGGCUGCGACGCCAGCGGAUGGCUUCCAGCCGCCGGCUCCGGCCAACGGUCGGCAGCGACACACGAUCAAGCCGCCCACCGCUGGCGACGAGUCCUCAGUUCUCGAGAUGUGUCCGCCUCUGGAGACUUGCAACUUCCCCACUCGUUGA